GGGGGUGAGGCGAGCCAAUGGGGAGGCGGAGCGGCAGGUAUGAGAUGGCGGCGGGAUCACCGGCGCUCUGCGGCAGGCGCGGAGGCAGCGAUGCCAUCUGCAACUUUGUCAUUUGCAAUGACUCCUCCCUCCGUAGCCAGCCGAUCAUUUUCAAUCCUGACUUCUUUGUGGAAAAGCUGCGCCAUGAAAAACCAGAGGUAUUCACAGAGUUAGUUGUCAGCAACAUUACCAGGCUCAUUGACUUGCCUGGGGCAGAGCUGGCUCAGCUAAUGGGAGAGGAGGACCCAAAGCUGCCUGGGACAAACACAGCCUCUGGAUUUUUUCGCUCUCUGAUGACUCUGAAGCGCAAAGAGAAAGGAGUGGUGUUUGGCUCACCACUGACAGAAGAAGGCAUUGCACAGGUUUCCCAGCUAAUCGAGUACCUGCACAAAAAUCUAAGAGCAGAAGGCUUGUUUCGUGUGCCAGGCAACAGCAUCAGGCAACAGAUCCUAAAGGAUGCUCUGAACAGUGGUACAGAUAUUGACCUGGAUUCUGGGGAUUUUCAUUCCAAUGAUGUGGCCACCCUGCUUAAGAUGUUCCUGGGUGAAUUACCAGAGCCACUGCUGACACACAAGCACUUCCAUGCCCACCUCAAAAUUGCAGACUUGACUCUGUUUGAUGAGAAGGGGAAUAAGACCAGCACUCCAGACAAAGAGCGCCAGAUUGAAGCCCUGCAGCUGCUGUUUUUGAUCCUUCCCGCACCCAACCGCAGUUUGCUCAAGCUGCUGCUGGACUUGCUCUACCAGACCGCCAAGAAGCAGGACAAGAACAAGAUGUCUGCCCAUAAUCUUGCCCUCAUGUUUGCACCCCACAUCCUAUGGCCCAGAAACGUGACAGCAAAUGACCUUCAAGAGAACAUCACAAAGCUUAACAAUGGGGUGACUUUCAUGAUCAAACAUUCUCAGAAGCUCUUCAAGGCCCCAGCAUACAUCCGUGAGUGUGCCAGGCUGCACUACCUGGGAUCCAGAGCUCAUGCAUCAAAGGAUGAUCUGGAUUUGCUGACGUCUCCUAGCUCCAAGGAAUUGCAGCCCCUCAAGUCUCAGAAGCGAAGCCGUCUGGACUCUUGCCAUCAGGAGGAGACCCAGCAGCGCACGGAGGAGGCACUGAAGGAGCUUUUCCGCCACGUCCACAAUAUGCCUGACUCUGCAAAGAAGAAGAAACUUCUCCGGCAGUUUAAUAAGCAUUCUGCAGCUCUCACUCCUGACUCGGAGGUGCUCAUGUCCCCAGCACCGCGACGUGCCCGCUCACGCUCCUUCAGCGGCCUCAUUAAGCGGAAGGUUUUGGGAACCCCAGUUAUCCUGGAGAGGAAGAGCAGGGAUGCCACACCAGAGCCUGAGCGAGUCAGCAAAGAGAACAUUCACCUGUUACAGAAAUGUGGAUCUCCAGCUCACAUGUCCCAGGCAAAGCCGAAAUCUUUGGAGGGACGUAAAGAGGAAUCCUGCAGACGCAUGCGAGGCCACCUGCUUCCCAAGGAUUCAUCAUCCCUCUGAAUCUUCUCGCACCGACUCACGGGUGGGGAUUGCCCAGCCUCACAAGCUGUGAAUGAUGUGCUGCACGGAGAGGAGAGAGCUGCAGGCUCACAGCCACCCUCACCAGCACGGCAGCGCUCUUGAAACUGGACCUUUGCAAAGACUGCAGGGCCUCGUUUCUUUCUGUAUAUAAAUUAUAUUUCAUUCUACUAUGGGGUAAACCACUAUCUAACCAAAACUUGUGCAGCAUGUCUGACUUGCUGGCUCUGGGAAGAGCUGGAGUGCUUGCUUACAAGGGCCCUAUGUGCAUCCCCAGCUUUCUCUGCAAUGUUGCUAGGCUGUGUUUUUUUUUCUUGCAUUUCUUCUCUGAGUUUUUAACACGUUGACUUGGUUUUGCCCCCUCACUUAUGUUAGCAGUGAGACUUCACCUGCUUCCUGCCAGCUAAUCUUACCUCCAGGCCUCCUCUGGAGCCCUGCCCGCCUGCUUCCUCUGGGCUCUCUUUUACCUUUCUGACCCUGCAGGGCUGGAGUGCACAAAUGAUACAGAGCAGAGGAUGAGCCUGGAAGAAGAGGAGAGGUUCUGCAUACCACCAUUUCAAAUAGGGGCAGGGGAAAAAGCUUCUAAACUCAUCUCUCUGUUUCAGCUUGAGCUGGAGGUAAUCUUUGCUCACUGCCUUUGUGUUUCCAUGGCAUAUCACUGCUGCUGGGCUCUGCCUGGUGAGCAAGAAGUGCCUCUGCUUUGUACUGCCUCAGAGAAGCUAAGCUGAGCAGGGUGGGAGGUUGGCAAAGACUGUCUGGGGCAGGACAGCUCAGCCUUUGGAAGUGUCUGGAAUGGGCAGAGCUAAACUGAGAAGGGUAGGAGGUUGGCAAAGACUGUCUAAGGCAGGACAGCUCAGCCUUUGGAAGUGUCUGGGAUGGCUGUUUGCACAGCAUAGGAACAGCAUGAGCAGCAUGAGAGAGUAGAAAGGACUCCAGCCACUUGUGACCUGCUGCAAGUGGUGCCAAGGGCUUUGGCUCAAUAUCUGGAUGGCUGGUGAGGUAACUAGCUGAUUAGCCAUUAAACUGGGGGAUAGGGCCAGAGCUGGCUUCAGCACUUUGGCCUGAGCUGCAGAAAUGAGAUGAAACCAUCUAGAUGCAGGAUAAACACCCAUCACAGCUGGCCAGCGUCAGCUGUCUCGUUAAGCUGAAGUGCUCCAGUAAGACAAUCUUGCCAAGACCCUGUCUGCAACUGCUCUGGGGUAGGAAACACACAGGGAGACUACUUUGAAAUAAAGAUUUAAUCAGCUGAGGAACCAUCUAAACACUUCUCAGACCUUCUCAGUGAAGCAAAUAAUCUCUGGAAUCCAAUUAUAAUUGUCUUUUAAUCUUUAAGAACCAGCAGCCAGCAAGAGUUAGAGCUCUGUCUUUGGCAGCUUUCUGAGACAACUGGUGGCAGGAGGUGUGAAUACUGGGAUGUGAGCAGGGAGUUAAGUCCGGCUGGCUAGAGCUGUCAAAACAGGGCAUCAGGAUCUUCUGCAGCUUAGCUGGAAGUCACUUUUUUUUACUGUUUGACUUUGGUGUUGUUUUUUGUUGGUUGGUUGGUUUCUGGUUUUUUUGUUUGUUUGUGUUUUUUUGAGGGGGGGUUAUGUGUUUGGGUUUUUUUUGUAUUUGCUUUUGCUUUCUUUGUGUGUGCGUGUAGGUUUUUGCUUGGUUGAUUUGUUGAGCGUGGGGUUUUUUUUGUGCUACAAACCUAUGUGCCUCAUCCUGCUCUUUCCAAAGGGAUGUUCCUGGUAGUUUAGCAAGAGUUUCUUGUCCCUCAUCUGACCCCAAAUUGGAUGAACUCCUUUGAAAAUGUAAGGGGUAGCGAGACUGUUGUUGUGUGAAUUGAGAGUUGCUGGUGUUAGGAGCCUCUGUCACAGCAAAGAAAGAGCUCCAGUUCUUCAGAGACUGGGCAGACAAGGAUGCUGUGAGGAAGGACAGAGGCUGUUUGCUGUGGUAGCAGUAUGUGCUUUUUGGAUGUGCCUGUAAUCAUUUCCUCUGGAGGCUGAAGCUGUCUCUGCUCUUCUCCAAAGGGCACCAUGUGUUUUGCAGACUGCACUUCUACCCUGCCUCUGCAGUCCACUGUUAGCAGAGACCUGAGGAUCUCGGCUUUGCCUCUAAAUGGAGAGGAGGCAGAGCUGCAGGUUGAGCCGCAGCACAGAGACCUGGGUCUGUUCCUGCUACCUCCUCUCCUACUUGCUUUGGGGGUGCUUGCUUGGUGAAGCAUUCAUUAUCCCAUCCUUGCUAUCCUUAUUGUCCCCUGCUUAUUUGGGUGCAUAUCUCUGGGUGUCUGUUUGGCAAGGCAAUCUUGUUCUUAGAACUAAACGCACUUCUCCUGCAGAGAUGAGAGGAAUGUAACUUGUCUCUCCACUGUUCUCCCCCUUACUGACAGCUUUAGCUCAGGUACUCUGUCUGGCUUCUGGCACAACUGAGAUUUGCCUAGCUCUAAGAAAAAAUACCUAUAGGGCAUCAGCUUGGCAUUUUGCAUGUCUCCAUUGCCUUUCCUGCCAAGGGGCUGGCUGCAGUCUCUAGACAAGGGCAAUCCUGGGAAGGGUUUCAUGCCCUGGGCUUUAGCCCAUGGCGCUGUCCUCUGUAUAGACAGGAUGGUGCUAGCUAACAGAUUCAGCCUCUAGGACUUUUGGCUGCUGCAGUCCCAAUGUGUUCACACUGUCUCACAGGCACCAGGGUGUUUAGUCAUGCUUGGUUGUGUCUCAUUUGUCUGCCUUGUGCAAUGACUCAUGAGGCUGCUUCCUCUCAGAGCAGCCACUAACUGUUCCCAGAGUCUAUAGUUUGCAAAGUAUUUUUCAUCUUUGUCUUUAUUUAUAUAUGCUGUGUAUGUACUGUUUCAGACUGUUGCCUUUCUGUGCGUUCAUGUGUAAACCCAAUAUUAAAUGCUUUUAUUUUUA